AUGGCCACGCAACCGACAGUACAGGAUGGAGUUACAACACUUCACGAUAAUUCCAUGCAUAACAAAUUUGGCUGGGUCGAAGGAGUCCUUAUUCGAAACAUGAUGAGCAUUUGGAGUGUUAUGCUUUUCCUGAGACUGACACGGGUGGUUGGACAAGCAGGAAUAGGUGAAACCUUAAUUUUCAUCGCAAUUUCAACAUUCAUCACUUUGGUGACAGCUUUGUCCAUGUCGGCUAUCUCUACCAACGGAGAAAUCGGCGGCGGUGGAACUUACUUUGUUAUGUCGAGAAUAUUGGGUCCAGAGUUUGGUGGUUCAAUCGGAAUCAUCUUCGCCAUCGCCAAUACGAUGGAUUGCGGUCUUAAUACAGUUGGAUUUUCGCAAUCAUUGCGAGACAUGAUAAAAGAAUACGGUGGGAUAACUGUCAUCCACGGAGGAACGAAUGACGUUCGACUCAUAGGCACCAUCACUUUAAUAGUCGUUUCUGCCGUCUGCGGUCUAGGAACUAAAUAUGAAACCAAGAUGAAGGACGUCAUAUUUGUCAUUAUGUUGGCGGCAUUUACCAAUUUUAUUACUGGAAGCAUCAUGGGGCCAUCUUCUGAGACCGAAGAAGCAAGGGGGUUUGUUGCAUACAGCAGCGAUUUGCUUAGCGAAAACUGGGCACCUGGAUAUACCAUUACUUCUGGUCAAAUGCAAAAUUUCAUAUCAGUAUUUGCGGUUUACUUCCCAUCCACCAUUGGUAUCCUAGCCGGAGCCAAUGUUUCUGGAGAAUUAAAAAAUCCCAAUAAGGCUAUUCCGAAAGGAACGAUUUUAUCUAUCAUUAUUUGCAGCAUCUCGUACGCCAUAGUCGCAAUCAUUUGUGCUGCUACAGUUGCCCGUAGAGCAACUGGAAUUGUUGAAGACCUGCACAAUGGAACUAAUCUGAACUGCACAAUUAAUGAAUGUAAUUACGGACUUUACCACGACUAUCAGGCGAUGGCUUUAGUUUCUGCCUUUGGUCCGCUCAAUUACGUAGGAUGUUUUGCCGCGACUUUAAGUUCUGCUCUAUCGGAUUUCGUUUCUUGCCCAGCUCUGCUCGAAGUCAUCGUACACGAUAACAUUUACCCUUACUGGAUGGUUGGUUUUCUUGGAAAGGCCUACGGGGCAUCAAAAAAGCCAUACCGUGCUUACGCCUUCACUUUUAUCUUAGCUAUGGCUUUCGUGCUUAUCGCUGAACUGAAUGUGAUUGCACUCAUCAAUUCCAAUUUCUUCCUUGCUACGUUCGCAAUGAUGAAUUUCUCGACGUUCCAUGUCAGCUUAAUUAAACCGAUCGGAUGGCGCCCGAAUUUUAAGUAUUACAAUACUUGGCUGAGUCUGUUGACAGGACUUAUGUCGAUCGCUUGCAUGAUGCUUGUCAGUCUUCCCAUAGGAAUGAUAACAAUUGCCAUCGUUCUAUUUUUCUACUUAGUGGUUCUCUAUCGAAGCCCAGGUAAAAUUCAAAUUUUUACUCAUAAACUUCAAUGCAAUACUGAAUUUUAUCUCAUUUGCAAGAAUAAUUCGCUCAUGAUCUGCGGUAACGUAGUCAAGGAAAAGCUAACAUUUGAGGCGCGGUUAAAACUGCAACAGAAAGCUUAUAGAUACCUGCGGUUCACAAACAUGAAGGGAUUUUGUACUGUUGCAGAUAACUCCGGUCUCCAAACAGGGACAGCUGCAAUGCUUGGCCUUGCGGGCGUAGGCAAAGUCAAACCCAACAUCCUGCUGAUGGGGUAUAAAAAUAACUGGUCAACCUGCGACAGAAAUUCAUUGGAUCAAUAUUUGCUGACAAUACAUACGGGAUUCGAAAUGCAUGUGGCAGUGGCUAUCCUUCGUCUUAAAGAGGGAUUAGACUGCUCAGGAAUCGUGGCUGAUAUCGACGAACUCAUUUCGCAAACUCCUAGUAAAAAAGUUAUAGACAAAAAAGAAAAGACAACAGAAACCUCUGUGGUAACAGCAAACCUACCUAAAAUUAUUGAGACUUCAACUGAAUCUAUCGCGGUUCAAAUAGAAAUCUCUCCAGUGAAAGAACCAAAGAAAGAAAAAAAAGCUAAGGACAAAAAAACUAAAGACAAAAAGGCUAAGAAUAAAAAGGCAGAAGAAAAUAUCGCUCUAAGGGAUAUUGUCGGAAAUCCACUUCCUAAGAGCGUAUUAAACAGUAUCACCUUUUUCCAGAGAAAGCAGAAAAAAGAUACCAUUGAUGUUUGGUGGCUAAGCGAUGAUGGAGGAUUGACACUUCUGCUACCAGUCAUCAUAAACAGCCGAUCAAAUUGGUCUGAAACAAAACUGCGCAUUUUCUGUACGGCGUCUGGUGUUCACGAACUAGAAAAAGAACAGAUCGGGAUGACAAUGUUGCUGUCGAAAUUCCGGAUUGAUUACUCUGAUCUUGUGAUUAUUACUGACGUGGAUGAACCUCCCAAAAGCAAAACAAAAAAGUGGUUCGAUGGCUUAAUUCGACCAUUUUUACAAUCAGGAACUAACGAGCCUCACGUAACGGACAGCGAACUCGAGACUUUCCAAUAUAAAACGGAUCGUUACCUGAGAUUACGGGAAUUACUUUUAGACCAUUCAUCCGAUUCCAAUUUGGUUUUCAUGACCUUACCCGUAACACGAAAAAGCUCCAGUGCCCCAUUGUACAUGGCUUGGUUGGAGGCACUUACAGCAAAUAUGCCACCAUUCGUGCUCGUUCGCGGGAAUCAAACUUCAGUUUUAACAUUUUACUCUUGA